AUGGCUCCGGGGCAGGGCCCUGGGGCAAGAGGAGCUGGAGCGAGUCAACCAGGCCAUCGGGGCCAGGCAAAGCGAGGUGGAGCUGCUCGAGACAGCCCGCGAGUACAGCUUGCACAAGGCAACCCCUUGGGUACCUGCGACCCCGCCACCGGCAAUGCCGCGGGCCUGGACAAGGACGCCUUUCUGCCAGCCUUUUACUACAACUUCAGCGGCCUAUUAAACCCUGAUGCCUGCUACCAGCCAACUCCGCUGGCCACCCCCGCUGAGCUGGGCAGCAGGUACUCACUGGCAUCCCUGGAGAAGGGCCCGGGCACAGGCGGAGGGGGCGACAGUGCCCAGGCGUAUGUGCCCAAGGCUGUGAGGCAGCCCUGACAGCACAGCUGCCCCGUCACCAGCGACAAGUAUGUGGUGGACAACUCCAAGUCAUCCACUGAUCUGGAGGAUGAUCCGCUCUCCCACUACUCGGGGCACCUCAGCAGGGCCAGCUCCAAGGAUGAGAGGGCCACCAAGUGGCCCAGAGGCUUCCGCAGCAGCAAGCUCUACAUACCUGCCCUCAAGAAGCCCUGCGACCCCUUCGGUGACUGCAAGUUCAGGUUGUCGAACUCUGAAGAUGAUGCAGCCAUGGUUCGGGUACUGCAGUGCGAUGUGUGGGGGAUCUUGGGCCACCCCCGUAGAGACCAGACUGGGCGGCCCCUCCAAGCCCUCCUCCCCACCCAAGGCAUGGCAGGAUUGGGGCUGCCCCCAGGAGGAAACACCCAAGAGGAAGAAGAGCAGGCCACACCAGGCCCUGGCCACAAGAAUGGUGCCUGGAAGAAAGACAAGACCAAGGACAAAGGCCAAUGGCAGCCUGUGGAGAAGCCCCCAGUGGACAGGCCAGCAGCAGGCACGAGGCAGAGUGGCCGGAAGGGACCAAGAAAAAGCCAUCUUCGGCCACCCAGGUGGCCAGUGGAGCCCCCAAGAAGGGUUCCAGCGGUGCCCCCAGCCUGGCCCCCGACUGCCCAGGAGAUGUGCUACCUGCGUGCGCAGCAGGCACAGAGGGAGUCGGCCAGCUGGCUGGAGGCUCAACCGGCCAGGCUGGCGGAGAAGUCCUUUUCAUUCCACAUCUCAGCACCUGGCGAGAAGACGAGGAUCACCCACGUCCCCAACCCCUACUUGGUCACAGCCCCCGUAGGUGCCAGUAAGACCCUCGCGGCCAGCGGUAGCCAGCCUUCCCACGGUCCAGAGGCCGGCCGCCAGCCGCUGAAGACUCGCACACUCUCCAGGAUGGCAUCCAAAACCUCCAAAACCACCACCACCGUCACCCCCAAGCUGGUCGCUCGCAGCCGAAGUUCAAAGAAACCUAUUAUCUUAAAAGAGUUUGGGGACAAAGUCCCCACCGUCAUCCGGCGGCGCUAUCUUCUCCUCUUCAUCGAGGAGUGUCUGAAAUUCUGUGCCUCCAACCAGGAGGCCGUAGAGAAGGCGCUGAACGAGGAGAAGGUGGCCUACUACCGCAGCCCCAGCGAGAACAUCUACCUGAAUGUGGCCAUGAACACCCUUAAGAAGCUGCGAGGCCUGGUCCCCAGCACCGUGCCCGGGCUCAACAGGGCCGCCCUGUACAGCCGCCUGAAGGAGUACCUGCUCACCGAGGACCAGCUCAAGGAGAACGGCUACCCCUUCCCGCACCCCAAGCGACCAGCGGGUGCCGUCAUCUUCACCGCCAAGAAGCAGCAGCCUCAGAACUCGUCUUGCAGGAUCUGCUGCCGCUGCGGCACUGAGUACCUCGUGUCCUCCUCCGGCCGCUGCGUCCGAGCCGAGGAGUGUUAUUACCACUGGGGGCGGCUCCGCCAGGACCCAGUGGCAGGACGCUGGGAGACACGGUACAGGUGCUGCUUGGCUGCCCCCAGCUCUGUGGGCUGUCAGGUAGCAAAACAACACGUGCAGGAUGGCCGGAAGGAAAGCCUCGAGGGUUUCGUGAAGACCUUCAAGAAGGAACUCUUAGAAGACGCUCACCCAGGAAUUUACGCCCUGGACUGUGAGAUGUCUUACACCACGCACGGCCUGGAGGUGACCCGCGUCACGGUGGUCAACACAGAGAUGCAAGUGGUUUAUGACACCUUUGUCAAGCCCAUCAACGAGAUCGUCGACUACAACACCAGGUUUUCAGGGGUGACGGAGGCUGACCUCGCCAACACAAGCACCAGGCUGCGGGACGUCCAGGCAGUCCUGCUGAGCAUGUUCAGCGCAGACACCAUCCUCAUUGGACACAGCCUGGAGAGCGACCUGCUGGCCUUGAAGGUCAUCCACAGCACCGUGGUGGACACGUCUGUGCUCUUCCCCCACUACCUGGGCCUCCCCUACAAGCGUUCCCUGCGGAAUCUCACGGCCAGCUACCUCAGACACAUCAUCCAGGAUAACGUGGACGGGCACAACUCCAACGAGGACGCCGUCGCCUGCAUGAGCCUGGUGUUCUGGAAGGUCCGAGAAGACGCCCAGAGCAAGUGAUGACACCCCUCCCCCACCCUGCCGCUCGCCUGCUGCCCCGCCCGUCCUUAGCCCCAGGCCUCUCAAAACAGUGCAGUAAGUCUCAACAGCUAACCUUGU